CUUUCUUCUACUUCUUCUUCUUCUUCUUCUUGUAUUAGUGUAACAUCAGCUCCUCCUGCUGGUUCCUCGUCUCCAGAGACAGAAAUGUUUCCUGACGGUUGUGUGUGAAUGAGGUUGAAGACAUAAUCUAGACAUAAUCUAAACUUUUUUGGUACCUGUUGACGGUACCUGUUUGGUACCUGUUGACGGUAACGUUUCUCUCUGGUUCUGGUCCAGUUGGCCGGUAUGAAGAGCUGGAUCGACCUGAGGAACGAGAUCUUGUUCCUGACCCAGAACGCCACGUCGUCCCCCAGCACCAUGUACCAGGCGGUCUCCAGGAUCGUGUGUGGUCAUCCUGAGGGAGGAGGUCUGCAGAUCAAGUCUCUCAACUGGUACGAGGACAGCAACUACAAGGCUCUGUUUGGGAACCAGAACAGCAGCGAGGACGAGACCACGUCUCUGUACGACAACUCGUCCACUCCGUUUUGUAACAGUCUGGUGAAGAACAUGGAUUCUAACCCGAUGUCCCGGAUGAUCUGGACGGCCCUGAAGCCUCUUCUGAUGGGGAAGAUCCUCUACACCCCCCACACCCCUGCCACCCAGAGGGUCAUCCACGAGGUAAACCGGACCUUCCAGGAGCUCGGUGUGUUCAGGGACCUGGGCGGAAUGUGGGAGGAGAUGAGACCCAAAGUCUGGAACUUCAUGGAGAACGGAGAGCAGAUGGACGUGAUCAGGACUCUGCUGAAGAACAACUCCACCUCCAGAUUCCUCCGAGCUCAGCUGACCCACACCGACUGGACCGUGGACGACGUCUCCAACUUCCUGUCCAAGCAGGAAGCCGAGACGCCCGGCGGCGCCCUUACCUGGAGAGAAGUGUUCAACGAGACCGACCAGGCCAUCAUGAGUAUCUCCCGCUUUAUGGAGGUCAGUGGUGACGGCUUCAGACUACCUGCAGCUAAACACAUGGUCAGGUUUGGGUUUGUUUUGGACUGGUGAAGACACACACCUCACAGCUCCCUGACAUUGUGGGGACUGUGGUACUUUUCUACAUUGUGCGUACUUCCCUGAAUGGUGCGUACUUUACCACGCUGUGCGUACUUUACCACGCUGUGCGUACUUCACCACGCUGUGCGUACUUCACCACACUGUGCGUACUUCACCACGUUGUGCGUACUUCACCAAGUUGUGCGUACUUCACCACGCUGUGCGUACUUCACCACGCUGU